GGCGGGUUCAGCUUCGGGAACCGCCAAUGAGAAGCCGAGCCGGGCACGCGGGCGUGCCCCUUCAACGUGACGUCGGCCCGGCGACGUCCUUCGCCCCUCACGCCUACUGACGCCUUUCCGGCAUCGCGGGUCGGUCAUGAAGAAAGCGGUGGCGCUGGUGGGCGCGGGCCCGGCUUUGCCCGGCGCCUCCUCCUCCGUCCCCGGCUUCCUGGCCAAACUUUGGGCCCUGGUCGAAGACCCCGGGAGCGAUGACGUAAUCUCGUGGAGCCGGAAUGGACAGAAUUUUUGCAUUCUGGAUGAACAGAGGUUUGCUAAAGAAUUGCUUCCUAAGUACUUCAAACACAACAAUUUGUCUAGCUUCAUACGACAGCUCAACAUCUAUGGCUUCAGAAAAGUGAUUGCACUUGAAAAUGGCAUGAUAACCUGUGACAAGAAUUCUGCCAUUGAAUUUCAGCAUCCGUUUUUCAAGAGAGGGAAGGUCGAUUUACUGGCAAACAUCCAAAGGAAGGUGGCCACAGUAAGGCCGGAAGAUCUCAAAAUCUGUCCAGAUGACUUGCACAAAGUGUUGUUGGAGGUCCAGGAGAUGAGAGAGCAGCAGAACAAUAUGGACAUCAAGCUGGAAAGUAUGAAAAGGGAAAACAAAGCCCUCUGGAAAGAGGUUGCCUGUCUGCGCCAGAAGCACAACCACCAGCAGCAGCUCUUGUCGAAGAUCCUUGAAUUUAUACUGGGUUUAAUGAGUGGAAACUGCAUUUUGGGGCGCAAAAGAAAAAGGCCUUUGGUUGAUGCUUCAGACUCUUCGCCUGCAAAAUAUACCCACCAGUACAUGCACAUUCCCGUGGAAGACUGUGAAGCUACAGCUCUUUCAGAGCAUGGCCCAGGCUGCCAAGACUCCAUUAUCAUUCGUGACAUCACAGAUGCUCAAGAGGAAGCAGAGGACGCAGAAGACGCUGCCCCAGAGAAGCUGUUGCCGCUGGUGCACUCCAGUCAUGGAAGUUGGAAGGCUUCUGUGCCCAUCAGAGAAAGAAUUCCCACUUGUGGAGUACUAGAGACCUCAAAGCCAGAACUGUCCCAAGGCGACCAUUCGGUCCAGCUCAUGGAUAGCUCCCUCCAGUCUUGUGCUGUGGAGCUGCAGACUCCACAGGUCACCGCUAAUGAAGAAGCUGCAGCAGUGAUCGAUUCCAUCAUGAAUGAAAACCAAACAACGGCAUCGAGUGACUCUUUCCUUCACAGAGAAGAGAUCCAAGACUUCUUGAAUUGUAUCGAUGCGAGUCUUGAGGAGCUUCAGGCAAUGCUGUCUGGGAAAAAAAUCAACUAUGCUUCAGAAACACUUACUGAUACCUUCAGUUCUGAGCUUCCUGUGUUGGAUUCAAGCAUACCAGAAGCUCCUCUCAGAUUGGAAAAGACAGAAGACUUACCAGCAAUUUUAGACACAGAUGGAAUAAAUAAUGAGGAAACCUCAGGGAAGAAUGCUGCCCUGGAUUUGACUGGCAUCCACAUUGUCAACGGGAUCUGGAGAGCUCCGGCCACUUUGCCCUGUGUGUAUGAACCCUCCCGUGAUUUCAAGCAGCUCAAGGUGACUUGGAAGUUCUUCCUGCCAGGUGAAACUCCUCGUUCUAUCUUGCUGCAUGAUGCCUACGGGGACCACAUCUUCUUGGCUGCAUUCAGAGACCGAGUCAACAUUGCACAGAAACCCCCCGGAGAUGUUUCUCUCCACAUCAAGGAACUUGAAAUGACUGAUAUUGGUUCUUUCAUUUGCUUAGUUGAGUGGGAAGCCCAAAACAUGAGCAGAAUCACUAGAGAAAAGACCCUCCAGCUCAAGGUGGUAAAAGUUCCAGCCUCCAAACCAGUCAUUAAAGCCAGCAGCCAGGAAUCGGUUCUGCCCAGUGGGACCCAGAUGAAUCUGACCUGCUCAGCCAAUGGAUCUCUGCCCAUCAACUACCGAUGGUACAAAGAAGGCCCUGGGGGAGAAGUCGAAGAGCUACGGAGAGGCACUGUACUGGCCUUUGACGACCUGCAGGUGUUGGAUUCCGCCAGAUACUUCUGCACAGCUGAAAAUAGGCUUAAUGUACAAAAGGAGCAGAGCAUCUCCUUUCAGCUGACAGUGAAAGAUGCCUCUGAAGUCUCCACUGGAGGACCAGGUGCUGAGUCAAGGGGACACCCAACAGAAACAGGGAAGCCAGUCUGGAACUUUGUAGCAGGAACCUCCAGGAGGCUUGAAGUGACCCACACCAGGACAGAUGGAAUGGUGACUUCAUCCACAGCUUUUGGGAACUCUUCAGGACAACAGAGAAAAACUCCCGGUCCUCAGAAGAAGGCUCUGCCACUGUAUGUCAUCAUCCUGAUUGCUGUGCUCUCUGCAGCUUUUACCCUUAUGGUCAUCUCAGUGGUCUUUUGCAGAAGGAGAACUAAGAGUGAUAAUAUUUAUGAAGUAACAUACAACAUUAAUGCCCUCACCCUGGGCAAUGAAGACAUCCCAGCCAGUCCAGGGGUCAACAGUACCUGCGUGUAUGAGGAACCGAAUUCAAGUUUUGGUAACAACUACACUAUGGAACCGACCAAAGCUGCUGAGUACGUGGUAAUAGGUGAAAAGAUGGACAAUGAAUAUGAGAUCCUUGUAGCUGAGAAGCAGUUGGGGAACUGAUGGCCAACUAGUAACAGGAAAGAGUAGAUCUUGCUACAUCUUCAAGAGUUGAGUUUUGAAGGACAUUCAUCUUGGCCCUUCCACAUGAACGCAUAUCAACUUGCCUUAUCUGAACAGGGUCCUCUUCCUCCCAACUGGGGGUUCUCCUGUAUGGACCUCCAAAUGGGCUUCUUUCAGCCUAGCAACUCCACCCACCCAGUAGCAGAUGCUUAGACUUUUCUCCCUGCCCAAGAGAAGCUGAUGCAGGGCUGGGCAAAACGUCGAUUCACCCUCCCCUUAUUUGGUGACUCUGCUUUCUCUGUUUCUCCUUGCAAAUUUGGCAGGUUUGGUUUGUUGAACGGGAGUUUUUUGGACUAAAAAAUGUUGACACUAAAA